UGGAGGAUGUAAAAUCCCCAUAAGGGGAACAAACUUAGACAGCGUCAGUCAACCAGUUCUUAUUGUAUAUAAUCAGAGUGGAGGAAAACUUAAAACAGAGCAAUGUUCUGUUUCGAGCAGCACAGAAAUCCUUUGUAACUCUCCAAGUGGAUUCGAAACAGGCUCUGUUUUGAGAUUUGGUGUAGGAUUAGAUGGCACAACCAUGUACGAAGCUCACAGUACAUUCCCAAAUGCGAUGAUUAAUAUUGUUAACGAUCCUGUACCAACACGAGAGGUUGAUGAAAAACAGGAGUACAGGCCAGUCUUUCAAGUUGAGCUGCAAAUUGAGGGCCAGGAGUUCACCUCUGGAUGUGCAGAUUCUGACUUCAGAGUGGAGUUGAGGGGGGGCUCCAGUAGUUAUCCAUGUGUGAUAACUAGCCGAGGGAGAAACUUGAUUAAAUGCGAGCCGGAUAUUGGAUUUCCUGGCGUAGAUGAGGAAGUGGAUAUGAUGUUAUACAUAGGAGGACAUGAGUUCAACAUACAGAGAGUCACGUUAUACCAGUUUUGGAGCACCUGGCAGUUUAUACUAAUUGCUGUGGGUGGAUCCAUAUUUUUACUCCUUGUGAUUCUUCUUCCCAUCAUCCUUUGCUGCCUGUGUCGCAACAAGAAGGUGGAGACAAUAUCCAAUGAAAACGGUCUUUUGAUAAGAGACCAACCAGGGGACACGGUCACUCCUUUGGACGACUUGAAUAAUAUUAAUUUAGAAAUCGAUAACCAGAAUCAUCGGAGAGCCAGACCUAACAGUUACGAGGGAGUUCAACUUGAAAAG